AAUAAUAAGAUGUGUCAUGCUUACAAAGAUAAGCUACACGUAUGAGGUGAUACAUAGCUAUCAAAACUUAGUCCACAAGUAAUGAAUAUAUAUUAUAGUGAUUUUUAUUUUUUUAGUUCACGCUCCAUUUGUUUGUAAGGUACAAGAUCAACCCAAUAUUUAUUUUGGUUUAGAAUUGAUCAAAUCCAAUUAGGGCACAAAGACAUUGAAUCAGAAUAAAGAAACCCGUCAGUCAGACUGUUGAUCUUUGGGACAUUUCAACAAGCACGUUAUGUGCACUCAGUCGGAUGAAUUGAUCUAAAUAGUAUAGGUCUACAAUUAAUUUAAUAUGGAAAAUCAAGAUAGCUGUGAAGGAGAGAUAUUUGUUGGUCCAUGGGGUUGCUCCGAAGGCAAUAAUAAAUGGGGUGAUUAUAAACCCAAAGGUGGCAUCAAAACAAUUAUAAUCUCAUAUGGUGACGUCAUCAAUUCUAUCAGGUUCGUCGAGCAUGGCUCCAACGAGGCCUCUCCAAUCUUCGGGGAUGACGUAGGUCGCAAAAUUGCUACGGUAAUAAUAAAUCUCAAUCUUGAUCAGUCACCAUAAAUAUAUUCUUUAUGUAUAUGUUAUAUAAUGCAGAUCAAUAUCGAGUGCCCAUCGGAAUAUUUGACCGGCAUGAGUGGGUGUCAAUCGCUAUAUCCGUUUGAUUAUACGGGGAGAUGGGUAAUUGACUCACUGAGUUUUCAGACAAACGUAAGAAAACAUGGGCCAAUCGGGCCCGGUUCAAAUUUUUCGUUUUCCUUCCCCAUGAACGGUGGUAAGAUCGUCGGAUUUCAUCUCCGUGCUGGAAAUUACCUGAAUGCCAUCGGUGUGUAUGUGAAGCCCUUUUGCAGAGCCAGCAGUUGUGCCCUAAAUCCAAUCGAUGACCCCGUUGAAAUCCAAGAGCAAAUUGAUGCUAUCAAAGAUGCUUUCCCCCGUGAUCCGGGGCCUUGGGGUGGUAUUAGUAGUGGAAAAAAGUGGGACGAUGGAGUUUUUUCUGCAGUCAAGCAAAUUCAACUGCACGUUUAUGAACGUGCAAAUGCCAUGAAUUCUAUUCAAUUCGAGUAUGUGACAAGAGAUCGGAGACGCGUGUGGAUGCCAAGGCAUGGUUUCAAUAGGGGUGGCAUUGUCAAAAAAAUUGAUAUUGAUGAAUGUAAAAACGAGUACUUGAUUGGGGUGGCUGGCUUUUAUGGCCCGGUCGAUGGAAUUAAUAAUGGAUUGGACGUGAUUAGAUCGAUCACAUUCUACUCCAAUAAGGGGAAAUACGGUCCGUUUGGUGAUGAAAACGGCACUUAUUUUUCUUCAAUAUCAAGUAGGGGGAAAGUUGUCGGCUUUCAUGGGAGCUCUGGUUCGUACUUGAAUUCGUUAGGUGUGCAUGUUGAGUACUUUUGA